ACAACAUUGUGCCAUAAAAACUUGCUUACUUGAAACGUCAACUCAAAUGUCAUAUCGAGCAGCUGAGCGACAAGUUGUGCUGUGAAUUAAUACAUUCCGCAUAAAAGCAAAACCAUUUCACUUUUAUUACUAUACGAAAAGAGUUAGUCCUUUCUCGCUUGUUACUUGUGACUGAGUGAAAACAAACAUAAGCGCGUAACAACAAUAUUGCGACGUCAUAGGUUUGUGCAAUAUAUUGAAAUCUAGUGAAAACAGGAAUUUAUUUGCAUCGCCGGCUUAGACAUGACUAUAGGAACCGUCACUAACUCAAAAGCCAAGCCGGUUAAUAUAGGCGAGGCGGUCCAAAAGGCACGCGACGCCUUCAACCGUGGUGUCACCAGGCCUAUAGAAUGGCGUCGGAAGCAGUUACAGAGCCUGAUGCGCAUGUACGAAGAGAACAAGAGUGCUAUGGUAGAAGCCCUGAAGAAAGACCUAAGGAGAUGCAAGGCGGAAGCCGAACUGCUUGAGAUAGACUACUUGACUAAUGACUUAUUGAGUGUGCUGCACCAUUUGGACGAGUAUACUAAGCCUGUUUUGCCACGCAAAGGCAUCGUCAACGCGCUAGACGAAGUCAUAAUCUACAACGAGCCUUAUGGAGUGACGCUUAUUAUCGGCGCGUGGAACUACCCCCUGCAACUGUUGUUGCUGCCGGCUGCAGGAGCCAUCGCUGCCGGCAAUGCCGUUGUCCUGAAGCCGAGCGAGCUUGCCGUUGCGUGCACUACGUUUAUUGCCGAGACCUUGCCGAAGUAUUUGGACAAUGACGCUAUUAUAGUGAUAGAAGGAGGUCCUCAAGAGACCACGGAAUUACUGAAGCAAAAAUUCGACUACAUAUUCUACACUGGAGGCACAAACGUCGGGAAAAUCGUAUACGAAGCUGCCACCAAGCAUUUAACGCCAGUCACAUUGGAACUCGGUGGGAAGAGUCCUGUAUACAUUGACAACUCAGCGGACUUGGUAAUCACAGUCAAGCGAGUCCUUUGGGGUAAAUUUAUCAACGGCGGACAGACUUGCAUCGCUCCCGACUACGUACUGUGCUCUAAGGAGGUGCAGGACAAGUUCGUGGAGGAAGCCAAGAAGGUCAUAAAGGAGUGGUACGGCGAGGACCCGCAGAAGUCGCCUGAUUUUGCCCGUAUUAUUAACAGCAGGCACUUUAGCCGCCUCCAAGCUCUAGUGGACGCUAGUAAGGAUAAAGUAGUCGUUGGAGGCAAUUAUGACGCAUACGACCGAUACAUCGCGCCGACCGUCAUGGCUAAUGUCUUGCCGUCAGACAAAGUUAUGGAGGAUGAGAUAUUCGGACCCAUACUGCCCAUAGUCCCCGUGGAAAAUGCGUACGAAGCUAUUAAAUUUAUCAACGAACGCGAGAAGCCGCUAGUGUUGUACGUGUUCACCAGUAAUGACGACGUACACGAGAGCUUUGUGAAUAACACCAGUAGCGGCGGAAUGUGCACUAACGACACUAUGAUGCACAUGGGAGUUGACACGUUGCCGUUCGGCGGGAUCGGCAACAGCGGCCUGGGAGCGUACCACGGCAAGGCCACCUUCGACACGUUCACUCACAAGAAGAGCUGUUUGAAGAAGUCCUUCUUCCCCAUCGCAGAGAAGUUGGCAUCGAAGCGCUACCCACCAUACACAGAGGGCAACGUGAAGUUCAUAUCGACUGUGAUGCGCAAACGGUUCGCUCCCUCGCUAAAAUUCUUGCCAUACAUACUAGCGUUCGCACUCGGCGCGGGCGUCUCUUACGGUGUCUGCUACUGGCAAAAGGUGGCGUCCGAUGAUUUAUAAGCUAAGACUUGAAGAUGUUCCGAGUUUGUGAUAAAAGAUGCUUUAGUCACACCAUAUUAAAAUAAAAUUAGGAUCUAAGUGAAAUAAUUUAUAACUCAGAAUGAUAUUUUAUUAUCGAUAUUUGUGUAUUUAUCAAGAAACAUAAAGACUGUAUCACAUGAUCUCCAAAUAGUUGGAGGUGAAUUAUAAUUAUAUAUAGAAUAUUCAUAUGUUUGAUAUGAUUUGCUCUGUCCCCUACAUUUUAAUAUAACAUGAAAUCUAACUAAAAGGCAGUCCCAAGACGCCAAUGUAGGCUGUGACAAAAAAAACAGAUGCUACCGUUGUGGCGAAAUGCAUGUAAAAAUAUAGUAAGCAUGUAAAACCCUAGAGCAAAUAAAAUAUCGAAAACAAAGAAUAAUAAUUGCAUGUUUGUUUUUUUUUCUUUAUAAUGUUUAUAUGUUGAAAUUAUUAAGAAAAUGAAUAUUGUAUUUUUAGAUAUAAUAUAUUGACUUUUUAUGUAUUUAUAUAAGCAUUUAUUAUGUUAUAGUUUUAUGUGAUCAAAAGAAAUAUAACCAAUUUAUAGACAUACACAGGCAUGACAAUGUUUUUAAAGUUCUCGAUUUAAAUUAAAUUGAAAUGUAAAUUAUUAUUUGUUCUUGAUUUCUUUUUUACUUCAAUGAUGCGUUUGUUAAUCUGUUAUAUAGUGGGUAUGUAAAGAUUUGUGAUUUAAGAUAUGUUAUAAUUAUGUCGCAAUACGGGAUCAAAUGGUUAAAUAUGCAAAAUAAAAAUUAUAAUGAAUA